UUGUUUGUUUGUUUGUUAAUCAAAAUCAAUCAUACAACACAUAUAUAUUUGAUUUGUUCAGAUUAGAAUAUUAGAUUUUACCCGAUGAAAUCUAAAAUAUUAACAUCAUAAUCUACCUACACAUAUUUGUAUCACAUCGAAAAGAAUAUCAAUGUACAAAAACAAUACGAAGUUAUUUUGAAUCCAAUUACAUACACUGAUAAUAAUGAAUCAAUCAAAGAUUCCUGAAUCAUCAAUUAAUGAUGAUGAUGAUGAUGAUGGUAAUCACUUGAAUCAUCAUCAUGAUUGUAUAAUUUUAUACGUUAUGGUCGUCGGUUUUCAUCAUAAAAAAGGAUGUCUGAUUGAUUACUGUUAUCCUUCAUUACCGAACCACAACUGCACUAUUUCUAAUAAUAAAUCAAACUGUGAUAAAGAAGAUAAUAAUGAUGAAUCAAAAGAAUUACGUAUGAAAAUUAUCAACAAUCAAGAUUCAAUACAAUUGCCUGAAUGUUGGAAAUCAUUGCCUUCACUAGCCAUACCGGAUGGAGCACAUAAUUUCGAACGAGAUACGGUUUAUUUUCAUUUACCCGAUCUCAUUGAUCCAACACGAACAGUGUUUGGUGUUGCUUGUUAUCAACAAAUUAUGACCAAAAUUUUACGAGUUCGAACACCCGAUAUGACACGAAGUUCAGUACAAAAAAGUGUAGUCGCUAUUCUCACUGCCCCGCUUUAUGGAUUGGUCGAACGAAAACUUCGUAUCAUAACAAGAAAUUAUUUUCAAGAAUUGGAUUUCAGUAAAACUGAAAUUCUUCAUGAAUUCUAUGAUUCAAUGGCUUUGCAGCUAAAACCAACAUUGAUUAAAACAAAUGAAAUCUAUCAUGGUUUAUCGUUACGAAAUUUAUUCCAAAAAUUUGGCCAACAAGUUAUUGUUUUAUUUAAACUUUUAUUGUUAGAAAAGAAAACUCUAUUCAUCAUGUCACCUAUUCGUGAUCUAUCUGGAUCGAUUCUAACUUUAUGUUCAUUAUUUCCCGAUCUUUUACAAUACGGAAUGACACAAUCACAUUUACCAAUUGAAAUUAAAACAAAUCAACGAAUCAAGAGCUUAACAAAAUUUUCACAAAAUUCUUUAAACGAUUUUAAUCUAAUUGCAACAAAAAAAUCCGAGCCAAAAUCUAAUCCUGAUGAUAAUCAAAAGAUUGCCGAAUGUGAUAAUGAUAAACAGAAUUUAACGAAAUUGACUGAUUCUCCACCACUGUCAUCCUCGGUUAUAUCGACUAUAUCGUUGUAUGAUCAGGAUACUCCAAGGGGUAGCCAAAUGGAUUUUACUUCUAUGGACAUGGUUGUUGAUUUGGAUAUGGAUUUUUUCGAUGAUGAUGACGAUGAUUCUCGAAGUCAAUAUUCCGAAACACAUUCAAGUAGACAUUAUCAAGAAAUUCUCAUUAAACCAGCUGAAUAUUAUGGUUUACCAUUACAGCUAUUUAAAUGUCAUUCAUAUUGCUUGCCAUAUUGUUCCAUUUCAUGUUUUGAAUGUCUAAAUAAUCCGAAUGUUCGUUCAUGUUUGGCCGGAUCUUCAAAUUCAAUAUUUCAACGUUGGGAAAAUGAUAUCGAUGUUUUUGUCGCGGACAAUGAAAUUUUAAUUGAUGAUAGUCAUUUAAAACGAAUAUUAACACCAACUGUUGAAGAUCUUCGUUUUAUAACUUUUUUGAUGCGUGCAAUGACACCUGAUGAAUCAAUAAUGGAUGAUCAAGAUGAUGAUGAUGAAAAACAACAUUUCAAAGAAGGCAAAAGAUAUCAACCAGAAUCAGAAGAUUAUGAGGAAUAUGUUGAAAAUUUGGAACAAAAUCAACAUUUUUAUAAGGGCAGUGAUGCUUGGUGUAGAUACCAUUUUAAAAAUUAUCUUAUACAUAUGUUACGAUGUUCUUUCAUGGAAGAAUCGAAUAAAGAAUACAGAGCAUUCAAUGCAGGAUUCAUUUCGGAAUGGAAACAAACUUAUAGCUAUAAACAUUGGCUUAACAGUCAAAAUGAUAGCGGAAAAUCGAUUGAGGAAAUUUUUCUGAACGAAAUCGAACCACAACACCCAUUCACGGCAAAUCGUUUGAAUGAUAUACGAUUCAAGAUUACAAACUUUCUUAGCAAUCGGCAAGAACAUAUCAAUAAUGCAUCGAAGGUGGUGCUUAGUACGGCCAAAUCUACAUUUAGUUCAUGGAUGUCAUCAUUAGGAUCAUAUCAUAUGAAUGCUGGACAACAAGCUAAAUCAUUUAUCAAUAAAACGGUUCAAUUUGCUAAUCAAUUGAUUGAAAAUCCUGAUGACCAAAGUGAUAAUUAUAAUAAUAAAAGAGAACCAAAUAUGACAACUUCAUCAUCAUUGGAUGAUGAUGAACGAAAACGACGAUAUCGACAUAGAUUGGCAGCGAAAACAAAUUCAUCGACCAAACAACGACAGCAAUCAAACCAAAAAUGGGAACAUUCAUCAAAAGGUUUUAAUCUAGAUGAAUCGGAUCCAGAUGUUGAAGAACAAGAAACCAGUGUUUAAAAAGUACAAACAAUGAAAUUUUCAUCAAUUUUUUUCUAUUGAUUUGUUAACACAUUUGAAAUUUUUGUGAUAACAAUAAAUAAAAUGCUUGUGAGCAUGAGGGGAAAAACCAA